AUGCAUGGCAGCGACCGGCGCGUGCCCUUUGUAAUCGGCAAAUCGAAAAAGCCGCGUUGCUUUCAGGGAUAUGUGCCUGUUCGUUACAGACAUAAUGCCAAAGCGUGGAUGACAUGCGAUUUAUUUGUAGAGUGGCUGCGCGAAUUUGAUCAAGACAUGCUCAAGCAAGACAGGCGCGUGCUGCUCGUGGUCGAAAACUGCUCCACGUACCACGUACAAGCCUCGCUGACGAGGGCAGUAACCCUGCUUUUCCUGCCGCCCAACACAACAUCUAAGGUGCAACCACUGGAGUUGGGCAUCAUUUGCGCGUUCAAGAGUUAUUAUAGGCACCGCGUUGUGGAGCGCUUGCUGAUAGCUGUUGACCGCCCGGCAGCCAACCUGCCGCUUCGGGUGACCUUGUACUCAGCUUUGGAGAUGCUGAAGGCUUCGUGGAUUGAGGUGACGGCUACAUGCGUGCAAAACUGUUUCUGCAAAGCCGGCUUCAUUGACGCCGGACCCAAUGCUGAGCCUGAAAACCCCAAAGAGGACCGAUCCACCAAUUGGUGGCAGCGCGUCGUCGACUCCGACUUGAGAGAGCUGGACAUCAGCUGGGAUGACUUCAUUACGGCCGAUGAUGAUGCCGACACUGCGGAGCCGUCUACGGAUGAGGGCAUAGUGAAUGAAGUGCGCGGCAAGAGUGAUACGGAGGAAUCAUAUGACGACAAAACUUUGGAGCCAGCGACCACGAGCGUGCUUGUAGCGAUCGACUACAUAGAUAGCCUCCGGCAGCUUGUAUAUGCUAAGAACCUCAGCGAAGAACACGCUGCUGCCUUAACUAAACUCGAGACGGUACUCAUCACAUCUGCGCUGUCGAAACAGACGUGCAUUACAGACUUUUUCGCAAAAACUAAAGUUCGGCUGGUCAUGGACACCACACCCAACAGCGACGCCACGCCAAAUCCCACGGCACCUGACCUUGUCGUCGCUACUCUCAGGCUCCCGGAGUUUUGGCAGGCAGACUCUAAACUCUGGUUUCUGAGCAUCGAGCCACUCUUCCGACGACACCAGGUAACGUCGCAAACAGCGAGGUACAACUAUGUUAUCGGCGCUUUACCACCUGCUGUCAACACCAUCAUAAAAGACAUUCUGCGUUCUCCACCCCCUGACAACCCCUACGACACCCUUAACGACGAGCGUAUAUGCUGGACAACUGAGUCGGAACAGCACAGGCUGCAGCAGCUGCUCACCUAG